AUGGGAUCAGGGAAAGCAUUUUUAAAAGAAAUUUAAGCUGGUGAUAAUGAAAUGAAUAUAAAUCAACUUUAAGAAGAAUUGGACACAAAUAUUUUUACUGUUAGUUUUUCAAGUUUGGGAGAAAAGGAUCGCCAGAAUUAAGUAGUACACUAAGGAGAUCCUUUGUAUUGUUAGAAUUGCAAAGGAAUUCUGAAUAAAUUUUCUAAUCUAUCUCUCUUUAAUAACAGUGGAAGUUGUUUGUAACUUUCAUGGAAUUGUGAGUUUUGUACUCAUCUUAAUGAGAUUUAAAUCCAGGACGGUGAUAUUCCAGAGAAGGAAGAAGCCUUGUACUUGAUUCAAAGUCAUUUCCAGUAAUAGAGUUAAAAAUAAGAAAAAAAUUCAAUAACGUUUUGCAUUGAUACGAGCGGUUCAAUGUCAACUACCACAGAAAUUAAAGGAAAAGUUUCAAUCAAAACAGGAUUAACUAAUAAAGAAUAAGAAAUGCUGAAGUAGUUUAUUUAGCCUGGAACUGAAGCUCAUUAUUUGAAAAAAUAAAAAUAAAUUAGUUAUGUAUCUAGAAAGCAAUGUCUUCUUUCAGCGAUUGAAUAACAAAUCAAAAAAUUACAAUAACAAAACCCAGAGAAGGUUGUAGGAUUGGUAACAUUUAAUAAUGAAGUCGUUGUUUAUGGAGAUGGGUCAUAACAGCCAAUUAAAUUUUAAGAAUAAGAAUUAUAUUAAGAAGUCUAAAUUAAAACAGUAUUAAGCAGAUGUGCUAAUUAAAUGAUGUAAAAUCCAAUUAGCAAAUAAGCGGAUAAUAUCAUCAAUAUUUGCGAAUAAUUAUAGGACAAUGGUCAAACUGCUUUGGGUCCAGCUUUGAUUUCUGCUUUGGAAUUAGCAAAAGUAGGAAAACCUGGAUCUAUGAUUAUCAUAUGCACAGAUGGGUUGGCAAAUUUAGGGAUCGGUGCGUUAGAUAGUGAAUCGAGUAAGAGAUUUUAUUAAGAGCUCGGGAAAAUGGCUGCUGAAAAAGGGAUAAUAAUAUCACUUGUCACAAUAAAAGGGGAGGGGUGUAAAAUAGAUACUUUAGGAGAGUUGGUUGAAAGGACAAAUGGAAUUGUAACUAGAGUCAAUCCUGAAAAAAUAGGUGAAGAUUUUGCGAACAUUAUUAAUGAUGUUGUUGUUGGAACAUAAGUUGAAUUAAAAGUAAUUUUGCAUAAGGCUCUAAAAUUCAGAAGGGAAGACUUAAUAAAAGCAGAAAACAAUACAUUAAAGAAAUAUAUAGGAAAUGUUACGAAAUCAACUCUUUAAACAUUUGAGUAUGAAUUAAAAUCAGAAUAAGAAUUAAAAAAAGAAAAUAUAGACAUAAAAAAAUUAAAAUAAAUUCCAUUUUAAAUUAGAAUUACUUAUACAAAUUUGAAAGGAGAUAGAAUGAUGAAAGUUGUCACUAAAUUAGUCUAAACAACCUAGAAUAAAGUAGAGGCUGAAAAAUCAGCUCAAGUUGAAGUCAUUCAUAAAAGAUUAGCUUAAAAAACAGCAUAAAUAGCUAAAAAAGGCAAUUAUGAAGAAGCAUAGACGUACAAUCAAAAUUGGAAUCAAUAUUUGCAAAAAAAUCCUCAUAUUAACAAUAAUUAAAUAAAUUAGCAGAAGAAUUUAAUUUAUUAAAAACAUAAUGAAAAAUUGUCAACUGCAAUUAAAAAUUAAGAAGUUCGCAAAUAAAAAUCGAUGUGCUUUUCAGAAAUAGAAUAAAAAGGGAAUUCUUUGAAAUAAAAUUCUGAACCUUUUAAUUCAAAAGAGAUAAACAAUGAAAAUUCAGAAAGUAUUCUAUUUGGAAAUUCAUAAUCUAUAAAUACCCCUUUAAAUAAAGAAAAAAAUAGUAAAAGAAUCGAUUAAAAUGAAUACAAGCAAUAAAAAUUCGACACACCAGGUUCACAAUCGAGCUCAAAAAUUGAGUUUAAAAAAAUAUCAUCAAACACUAUUAGUACAAUCGAUUCAAAUUUCAUUAACAGAAAAACUAACUCUAGCCAAGAUUCCAGCUCCUCUAACUAAUCUGACGAAGAUUAAGAUUAAGCAACUUUGUAUUUUUAUGACAAAGGCUAAUUUUGA